CAAAACGCCACCGGGAUACAGAGAAGAAGGCUGCCAUCACAGUUAGGUCAAAUCACUUAGCGACAUCAAGCUUUUUCUCAAAGAAAUUGAAAAUAUUUGCGAAAUUCGGCGUGAAAUUGGGUCACACAACUCGAGUUUAGGUGUUCCAUUUUUAUAAAUAUGCGAUGCUCUAGUAUUACCAAAUAUACUUGAAGUCUAAUGGACAUAACACGAGGCAUUUUGGACGAUAUCACAAGACCAGCGAGUAGUGAACGUUAUCGACCUGGUAGCCGCAUCUCGCUCACAAAUGCCAGUCUGAGAAAUACGCCUACUCCUUUACAAAGCUCAUUAGAAAUACUACCACCAGAUAAUCUUGAAUUUCAGGAUGAGGAUUUGGAAGUUGAAGAGUACCACUCCUCAGGGGAGGAUGAGAAUACCAGUGAUGGUGAGUGGCUUCAUUAUCAUAGCAUCUGGAAUCUACAAUAUCAUCCUAAUCAUGGUCCAUGUUUCCCUCUUCUCAGCACAUUUGUUCCACAUUUAAUAAAGGAGGAUCUAUCCAUCAGAGCUGAGGGGCAUGGAACAGAUUUCUUUCUGGUCUUUAGAUAAUUAAUCCUAUACAUCACUGUACAAGAAGAGGGAAAAGAGCACAGAAGUGAUGCCAAAUUUCCAAUAGAUCUUGAAAUGGCUGCCCCCCUGCUUGAUUCUCAUUUUUUUAUUUGAUUCGUAGAUCAAAGCUUCCACUCUGUCAGUAGAUUAAUAAUGAAAUCAUAUCGCAGACGUACAGUAUAUAUAAUAAUAAUAAUAGUGUAGUAUUAUAUAGCGCACAUAUCCAUCUAAUGUAAGAUGUUCAGGGUGCU